CAGCUGGCAACUGAUCUUCUGAAAACAUGGGAGCAAAACCACCACCAGCAGUAACAGCAAUGAAGUUAAGUGGAGAUGAGUGUCAGUGAUGGAGGCCCCCACCCCCAGCGCAGUGCACCUGAGUGACUGGCAGCAAAGUUACUUUGCUGUCACCUCUGGCACCUGCACACCCAGGCAGAAGGCAGAUGGAUACCGUGCCAAGAUCCUGCGCAUUCAGUAUGCAUGGGCAAACUCCGAGAUCUCCCAGGUCUGUGCUGCCAACCUGUUUAAGAAGUACGCAGAGAAAUACUCUGCGAUUAUUGACUCUGGCAACGCAGAGACUGGCUUGAAUAACUAUGCAGAAAACAUUUUGACUUUGGCAAAAUGUCAGCAAAGUGACAGUGACAAGUGGCAAUCUGCCUUGACAACAGAUAAUGUAUUUGAGUUAAAGUGUGUGCAAGAGAGGAUGCAGGCUGGCAAAUUUUUCCAGAGCUCUCAGAUGGCACCAACAGAUGCCUAUGUGCGAGCUGAUAAAGGGGUCAGUGCCUCCCCUGCUCCAGCUCUUCCUAAACUUGAUGUCUUCGGCAGUACCAGGGAGACUGAGCUCAGUGCUGGCUCAGCAAAAUGUGCAAGUCAGGGACCAGAUCUUCUUGAGCAUCCCUCAUCUUCAAAGUCCCUUCAAAGCAGUGUGCCUCCUGUGACCAAAACUUCAGACACGCUUCCUGCCGCUUCAGCCUCCUUAAGCAAACAGGUUCAUCCAGGUUUCCAGGCAACUCCGCUCUUUGGAAGUAAAGAAGCCACUAAUAGUAGUUCUUUGAAAAUGUCAGGUAACUAUUGUGGCGCACAAAAUUUGUCUCUUUUCAACCAGUCAGCUGUACCUGCCUGGUCUGCAAAUUCUGGGAAAAGAAAAGCAUUCUAUGGUCUGGCUGAUGAAGGCAGCACAGCUGUUCCUAGCCUUGCUCCAUGUCAGGCUUCCCUUUCUACAGAAACCAGUGGUUUUUCAGGGCAAAGAAACAGAAAUGAAGAGAGCAGUGCUCCUGGGUUUAAAACUGCAAAGGAACAGCUGUGGGUGGAUCAGCAAAAGAAAUCUCAAAACCAGCGUGCACCAGUCUCAUCAUAUGGAGGUGUGAAAAAAUCCCUGGGUGCAGGCAGGUCUCGGGGUCCGUUCGGCAAGUUUGUGCCUCCGGUUCCGAAACAAGAUGGAAGUGAAAAUGGAGGAGCACAGUGUAAACCUCAUGUAGGGGUAUCAACAGGUCCAUCGCUGCCUGUGGAUGAACGGCUGAAAAACAUUGAACCAAAGAUGGUUGAACUCAUCAUGCAUGAGAUCAUGGAUCAUGGGCCUCCGGUCAGCUGGGAUGACAUUGCUGGAGUUGAGUUUGCCAAAGCUACGAUAAAAGAAAUAGUGGUGUGGCCCAUGCUGAGGCCAGACAUCUUCACCGGCCUGCGUGGUCCUCCCAAAGGAAUUCUUCUCUUUGGCCCCCCUGGGACUGGCAAGACCCUCAUAGGCAAGUGCAUUGCAUGCCAGUCUGGAGCAACGUUUUUUAGCAUCAGUGCCUCCUCUCUGACUUCCAAAUGGGUGGGUGAGGGGGAGAAGAUGGUCCGUGCGCUGUUCGCUGUGGCGCGGUGUCAGCAGCCAGCAGUGAUUUUCAUCGAUGAGAUCGAUUCCCUGUUGUCCCAGCGUGGAGAGGGGGAGCAUGAGUCGUCAAGGAGAAUAAAAACUGAAUUUCUGGUGCAGUUAGAUGGGGCAACAACCUCCUCUGAAGAUCGUAUCCUCGUGGUUGGAGCAACAAAUCGACCCCAGGAAAUUGAUGAAGCUGCCCGAAGGAGACUGGUGAAGAGACUGUACAUCCCUCUCCCAGAAGCCUCUGCCAGGAAGCAGAUUGUCACCCGGCUGAUGGCAAAGGAGCGCUGCUCUCUAAAUGAAGAGGAAAUCGAACUCAUAGUCCAGAAAUCCGAUGGGUUUUCUGGGGCAGACAUGACACAGCUCUGUCGGGAAGCUUCUCUGGGCCCUAUCCGCAGUCUGCAGUCCAUGGACAUUGCAACCAUCACGCCGGACCAGGUACGGCCCAUCUCUUUCCUGGACUUUGACAGUGCCCUGAGAUCGGUGCGGCCCAGCGUGUCCCCCAAAGACCUGGAGCUCUAUGAAACCUGGAACCAGACAUUUGGCUGUGGUAGAUGAGCUGCAUCACAGCUGUUUCACAGGAACAGUUGAGGACCUCAGCACUGCCACAUGUUAAACCCGUGGCAGUUCAGUGCAUCUGCACUUUUUUUUUCUGUCUUGGAAUUAAACUUUCUUAUGUUAUGCAGGCAGAUGUCCAGGCUCUGGCUGAGGCUUUGCCAGCUGAAAAGAUUAUGAGGAGCUGCUGGUCAUGAUACGAGAAAUUGCUGAACAGCAGUGGGAGCAAGAGGCUGAUGGAAUUUACAGAUUGCUGGGAAAGAUGGAUCAAUUUCACUGGUGUUUAAGGGGAAGGUGAUCAAACCUCACAAAUAAUUGAAGGGAAUAUUUGGGGAAUCUUGCAAUGUCCACCAAGCUGUAUCAGUAAGGGAUUCAAGUAAUAGCAGAAAUACCGAUUUUGGGUAGGGAUAUGGCAAAACUGAGACAGAUGGGGAAGAGUAGUUAGAGGCAGUUUGGGAGGAGACAGUAGCAAAGGGAGGAGGGGUGGAUGUGGGCUUGUAUGGAAAAAUGGAAGGGGGGAGAAAAGAGGAAGGUCUCUUGAGCAUUGCUGUUGUCUGACAGCCUUGUGACUCAUCACUGCAAUCUAUCCCAGCUUCUCAUUAAAAACUUUUUCUGAUGA